GCAUGAGAGAACACACGCACGGUUCUAAGAAAUUAUUAUCACGUGUAGCUGUCAUGGAGGAAGAUAUGAGGGUCUUUCGAACCAUUUUCUUCAAACGAAUGCCUAUUUAGCGUUAAAUUUUUGAAGCGAAGGUUUGUCGUCCCCGCAAACUUUGGCGCUGUUUCUGUUAUGCUUUUUAGCCAUUCGUAGAAGGUUUUCAGAGCCAUGGAAAUAGCUGUAGUCGAGAAGUCUUGGCCCAAGCUGUCUUACUUCCAACAUGAACAUCCUUCUAUGGUCCUUAGAGAGCUAAACCAACAGCGAAGGUCGGGAAAUUUUUGUGAUGUCCUCCUUAAAGUUGAAGAAGUCGAAAUAGCGGUUCACCGCGCGGUCAUAAGCUCCACGUUCCCUAAACUAAAAGACAGUCUACAAAAUCACAAAGACUGCAGUAUCUUCGAAAUAGAUGGGCUUAAAUCUGAAGCAGUAGAGGCUCUGGUCGACUUUUCUUACACCUCUCAGCUCGAUGUCCCGCCAGAUUCUAUUUUCUCCGUCAUGGUGGCUGCACACAAAUUUGGCAUGGCGGAACUUGAAAGCGUUUUGGAAGCUUUUAUCAUAGAAUCCAUCCUGCCACAAAACUGGCUUUGUGUUUGGAAGUUUACAGACCUCUUUCCACAGUUACGUUCAGCCGUAGAAAAAUUCCUCGCUGAGAACACGGCGGCUCUCUUUCACAAACAAGAUUUUCUUCGUCUACCCCAUCUACAAAUCGAACUGACCGGCCGCCAAGGGGACACGAAAAACAACAUGGAUCCCAAAGAUAUAUGCGAAAAAGCUGUCCUUUGGAUUCAUUCACAGCUUCAGGAAGACAUCAACCUUAGCGUAAUGCUAGAGCAGACCCAUAUCAUGUACAUAACGCCUGAAGGAGACCUAAAAGAAUGUACUGCCGAGGACCUUGGCGAUAUGGAAAAGUUUGUUGCUACAGAUGCCCAGAUGGAGUACAUUCGGCAGUCCUCUACUGAACAAUUGUCAAAGAUGGACACACAUGUGAGUGAUGACGAGGGAAUUAUCAUCCUUGAUAACAACAAUGUUUGCAAAAGAAAGAUCUCACCAUUUUCAGGAGAGUUCAAGGUGUUGUCUGCUAUUCACAGUUCUGAAAGUGAUUUCUUUGGUUUUGCCCUGGUUAAUGGUAAGGUGACUGCCUUGUCAAUCCAUCAACAGCUGCCAAUAUCUAGUCACCAUUCUACUUCAUCAGAGUCAUCUGGAUAUGAAGACUGGACACUGAUUGCUUCCAUGAGCAGAGGUCGGUGUAGUGUUGGUGCUGCUGAGCUGUCUGGAAAGUUGUUUGCCGUAGGGGGGUAUGACAGAGGUGACUGUUUACACACUGUUGAAGUAUACGACCCACUGACAAAUGAAUGGAUGCCUGCUGCACAUCUUCAUUCCAACCGUGGACGCUUCAAGCUAUGUGCCCUUAGUGACAUUAUUUAUGCCAUUGGAGGUUCAGAUGGGCACAAUGAGUUAAAUACUGUGGAGUGCUAUGACAUAACCUCAGACACCUGGUCUAUUAAAGCACCAAUGGGAUACUGCCGCAGCAGCCUGGGUACUGCAAUCUUGGAUGAUAAGCUGUAUGCUAUUGGAGGAUACUCUGGUUCCCAUAACCUGAAAACAGCUGAAAGGUAUGAUCCAUCUACUGACAAGUGGCAGCAGAUUGCAUCUUUAAGCUGUGGCCGAGAAAACCUCUGUGCUGCAUCCCUAGAUGGAAAGGUGUAUGCUAUAGGAGGCUAUAAUGGCUGGAGCUACUUUAACACCGUCGAAUGUUACGACCCUGUAAAAGAUACUUGGACGUUUACARCCCCAAUGAAGGUUGCUCGCAGGGGUGCUGCUGCUGCUGCUAUGGAUGGGUGCCUGUAUGUGGUGGGGGGCUAUGAUGGUACCACAUUUCUGAAUAGUGUGGAGUGCUAUAAUCCACAAACCAAUACAUGGACUACAGUGGCAAGUAUGAACACAGCUCGGCAUAAUGUUGGUGUGGCUGUCGUCGGAGGUCAGAUUUAUGCAGUUGGAGGGUUUAAUGGAUCUGCUUUCCUCAAGACCAUGGAGACUUAUGAUCCUAAGAGCAACAAGUGGAAGUCUUUUGUUCUGAUGCAGUAACAGAAAAUAAUGACUGUUGCAAACCAGACUUACUUUCUUCAGAUUGUAUAUGUAGUUUAUUAGAAAGAGGUGAACUUAACAUAUGAGGUACAACUAAUACCUAUUGGUGGACCAUUUCAAGUGUCAACAUAAAUUAUGUAUUAUAAUAAUUAGCAAUUAGUCCUCAAGCCCGAAUGGGGUAUUGAAUCAUAGGCCACGAGGGCGAGAGGACUAAUUCUUUUAGUCAAAUCCAACUAGUCGGUCAAAUAUAUGUCUAUGCAAACAAGUUUUGAAUAGAAAUUAAUUUAAAGUGCCUAUCAACCCUGGCCAAAUUCCAUUUUUUAUUAAAAUUUACCUAUCAAGUAAGAAGUUUUCGUUGGAAAAAUCCACUUUUGAAUUUUUUCUCGAUUAAAAUUCCCAUCUAAA